GCGGGUGUAGCUUUCUGUCGGAGCUCUAGACGAAUACAAAGUGUUUAUCUACUCCGCCUGAACUCGGAGUCUGAAGGCUUGGGUUUAUUUUUCUGCCAGGGUUUUGGUUUUAUUUAUUUAGAGAAGAUAACAGCUUUAUCUGUGUGUACACACACACACACACACACACACACAGAGAGAGAGAGAGAGAGAGAGAGAGACAGAUCUUACACAGAGAUGGGCUUCAGGAAGAAGAACAAAAGUCCUCCGGUUCUGAGCCAUGAGUUUGUGAUCCAGAAUCACGCCGAUAUGGUUUCCUGUGUGGCCAUGAUCAUCCUGCUGGGGCUCAUGUUCGAGGUUACGGCGAAGUUCGCCAUCAUGUUCAUCACCGUGCAGUACAACGUCACUCAGACAUCAGAUGCAGAGGAGAAGCCGGAGUCGGUGAACGUUUAUCAGUACGGCCCCAAAGACAUGGCUACCGUCUUCUUCUACCUGCUGAUCGCCAUCAUACUCCACGCUCUCAUCCAGGAGUACGUACUGGACAAAAUAAAUCGGCGUCUGCACUUGUCCAAAACGAAGCACAGCAAGUUUAACGAAUCGGGGCAGCUGGCGGCGUUUUACUUGUCCUCCUUCAUGUGGGGCUGCAGCAUCCUGACGGCGGAGGAGUUUGUGACCAAUCCGACAUUCCUGUGGGAAGGUUAUCCUCACACACGCAUGGCUUUUCAGGUGAAGUUCUUCUACAUCUGUCAGAUGGCGUACUGGUUCCACGCUCUGCCGGAACUUUACUUCCAGAAAGUCCGAAAGGAAGAUGUUCCUCGCCAGCUUUACUACAUCUGCCUUUACAUCUUCCACAUCACCGGUGCCUACGUCCUCAAUCUGCACCGUUUAGGUUUGGUUCUCCUGGUUCCACACUACCUGGUGGAGCUGCUGUUCCACGCGUCUCGUCUCUUCUACUUCAGCAACGAGAACAAGCAGAAAGGGUUUACGCUGUGGGCUCUGCUCUUCGUCGUCGCUCGUCUCCUGACCCUCACUCUCUCCGUCCUGACGUUUGGUUUUGGACUCUCCCGUACAGAUAAUCAGGGCUUUUCUCUGGCUGAGGGAAACUUCAACGUUCUCACCGUGAGGAUGACAUGUCUCUCAGCCAUCUGCUUGACCCAGGCCUGGAUGAUGUGGAAGUUCAUCAACUUCCAGCUGAAGAAGUGGAGAGAGCAGAGUCAGGUCCAGAGCAGCAAGAAGAAGACCGUCAGUCCCAAGAGCAAACACGGCAAGAAGGACUCGUCUCGGGGAGGUUCCGUCAACGGCGUGAUGAAAGCGGAGGACAAAACGUCACCACGAGCCAGAAAAGCCAAAACCUCGUAGAGCGGCGGAGAUCGUCAACCAUGUGGUGUUUUUUGGGUUUUUUUUUUUCUCUUUCUUGAUUCCAGCUGUAGAAAGAAAAAGGUUCUUACUGUCUCCUGAAGAAGCGCUGAAUCACACAGACAGCUUCUACCUGUCCGACAUGGUGGGCUCUGAGGGAUGGGGAGGGGCGUGUUUAGGGAAUUUGUAUUUGUUUAUUUUUAUCGCAAUUCUUUAAAAUUCUGCACGAUUUAAGGAUUGAAUUGAUCAGUCCUGGUGUUUGAGAAGAUUUUGGAGUGUGGAGAGGGGAAGCUUGGUACUGAAGUUCUGGUUUGUGUUCCAAGUGAUGAUGUAAUUAUCGGUGUUCCCCAGGGGUGUGUAUUAAGACCGAUGUUUUUGUUUUGUUUUCUUUCUCUCUCUCUCUCUCUAUCCUUCAGGGCUUGAUGAGCUUCUUUGAACAUUGGUAGCCCUCCUCAUCCUCAGCAUCAGUCACUGUGUCUCUGUGUAUGCAGAGGCUUAAUUUUUUAAAAAAGUGUCCUUUUUGCCUGUUUGUUUGAGAGUUAGCCCUUAGCCACAGAAUCUUUACGGCUAAACCUAUUUUUGGAAAAAGAUUACGAGCAAAAUGAAAGCUUUCGGUGCUCUCCCCCCAACUCACCAACCCCCCAACCCCCCCCCCCCCCAAACCUCAGCUGUGUAAAUACAGACCGCUUCAUUUUUUUAAAUCAUGACCCUGGCUGGUGUAAGAGCUCCCCCUAGAGGCCUGGAGAACACAAUGCGUCGCCUUUCUCCAUCUGAACCUCCAUUUUUAAGUAUGGUUUUUAAGCAUCGUUUUUACAAAAGCGUCACAGUUUUAAAUUUAAUACAGAUUUGAUUUGUCGUAUCGUUUGAAGUAGUAUUUUCGUCUCAAGUUCACUUGACGCGCGAACGAAGAAUGUAGCACUUUUCCACCGGACAGUAGCGUACGGUAAUAAAACCCACGAUCCCGCACACAUCUUGUUAUUUAUUUUCAUUGCAGAGAUAUAUGGGCGGGGCUAGAAACCGCGCCGAUCGCUGAUUGGUCAAACAGCAGUAGUAUUGACAGAAUCAGUGAACUCUUAACUGAUAAAAUGAGUCAAAUCCUCCAUCUUAAAAUUAAACCCCAAUUCCAAAUGGCUUCCUGUUCACUAUAUGUGCUCACUACAUAGGGUACAACGAAACAAACCGGUGCUGUAGUGCACAUUGUACCCAAUAGAACGCUGUUUUAGAUACUACAGAUGUUUCGGUCAGACUUCGUAUGGAGUUUGACUCUCGGCGAGAAGUGUAUUAAAGUAUUGGCACCCCCGCCGUGUUUGGAUCACUAGCCGUAGAGCAAUAAAAGGUGUUGUGCUCCUCUACUUUAUUCUUCCGCAGCAGUUGAUGUUAUUUAUUAAAGAAUGACACGUUAUAAUACAUUUUUCUCCAUUCACAGUUACGUUUAACGUGGUCGAAGCUCCACAAAACGCCGCUGUAACGGGAAAGUUACCGUGUGGUGGAAACGUGCUCGAGUGCGACAGAGCGGAUUCGAUUUAAUACGUUAUCGUAUCGUAUACGUUAUCCUUUCUCUCCUCUCCGUCUCUUUAUUUAUUUAUUUUUGUUUGUUUGUUUUUCAUCCCAGCGAGCGCAGCGUCGUUUAUGACAGUGUUCUCCUCCGGGCUCGAAUGAAACCAUACAAUCCUCUCUCAAGUGUCCUUAAGAUAAAACGCUGUGGGUGGCUUUGGAUUUUCAUUUUCAUUCGUGACGAACAGACGUCCGGGUGUUUUCUUUCUGGAGCGAGGGUCCUGGUGUGUGUGUGUGUGUGUGUGUGUGUGUGUGUGUGUGUGUGUGCGCACUUGUGCAUGCUUAUGGGUUGUGAACGCAUGAAUCAUGUUGCACCUUGGUUUGUUUGUUUGUUUUAAAGAGGAAAAAAAAAAGAAAUGAGAGGGCAUGUACGUGGCUAAACCUCUGAUUUUGACUUUUUGUACCAAAUGGUGUGUGUGUGUGUGUGUGUGUGUGUGUGUGUAAUCUCUUUCUCUCUCUCUCUCUCUCUCUCUCCUUCCCUCUCUCUCUCUCUCUCUCUCUUUCACUUUCUCUCUCUCUCUCCCCCUCUCUCUCUCUCUCCUUCCCUCUCUCUCUCUCUCUCUCUCUCUCUUUCACUCUCUCUCUCUCUCUCCCCCUCUCUCUCUCUCUCUCUCCUUCCCUCUCUCUCUCUCUCUCUCUCUCUCCCCCUCUCUCUCUCUCUCUCUCUCUCUUUCUCUCACUCUCCCUCUCUCUCUCUCUCUCUCUCUCUCUCUCUCUCUCCCUCCCUCUCUCUCUCUCUCUCUCUGUCCGAUACUGUACAUUUCUAAAUUGCCAAAUCGUGUAAAAGUGUUCUCUUGCUCUUUCCCGGUGAUUUUGACGUCGUCGUCUCGUCUGUUUUUCGCCUCGGGCCUCGUUCAGGACACAUUUCUGCAUCGCAUUUUUAAGAAUAUAUCUUUUUUAAUGUUCAUUAUACCUUCAUUUCGAGAGUCUGGUUUUCUCCUGCAGAGAAAAACGUCAAUGAUCUAAUGAUUUAAAAAAAAUAAUAAUUACAUGUUAAAUUAUUUAAAAAUGUAUAAAAAUACAUAUUAAUGAACUAAAAUCUUCUACAUGAUGUUCUAACUUGUGGAGCUUUUAGUGCAUCUGUCUGCAUGCGACGAUUCCACUACAGCAAAGCACUGCUAAUAAUAAUAAUAACGUAUUAAAAUAAAAUAAUAUUUUUUAAACAUAUUAUGGCCACGCAAUGGGGGGAAAAAUACCGUUGCAGACUCUAAGGUAUAUUUGGUGGUGACACCAAAAGUAUUGGCACCUUUGAUCGCAUCAAAUAUCACUCAUCACGUGUGGUGUUAUUACUUUUUAAACAGUGUUUUUUUUUUAUUUUUUUCUCUCCAAAAUAUUUACUGAUCAGGUCUCGUAACGUUUAUUAUUUAAAAAUGUAUUUUAUAUUUUGUAAAUGUGCUUCAAGUUUUAUGAAACAUUUAAUUGCUGAUCUUCGACUUAAAUUGUUUUCCUAAAUUUUUCUGUUAUUUAGUCACGUGUCACACCGACGUUAUCAUGCGACGUUUUAUUCUCUCUCCGCAGUUAAUGUUGUCGUUUCCACACCAGCGUCAGAGAAACGCCACUCAUCGCCAUUUCUGCCUUCACGUGGCGACGUCUCAGGAGGGAAGGAGCAAAGUCCACUUUGUGUUCUUUUUGUUUUGUUUUUUUUAUAUUUGUACCGCCGACCUCGCCGCCGUCUGACGGCGGACGCGAUCCGAUAUCGUGUAGAUGAAUAUAUCGAGACACUGUACCGAGUUAGAUUUUUAAACUAUUUUUAUAGAGCUGAAAAACGACUGUAGAGAGAUUAACCUUUAUUUAGCACACCUUAUUUUUUUAUGCCUCGUUGAUUUUGCGAGUUUUAUUUUUGUACUGCGCAGGAGGAGAGCCUUCUACCUUAAAGGUGCAGGUCCAGAACCUGGCUGGCAAAAACAGUGCGGUGAUGGGAAAUAAGAAGAGAAAAAAAAGAAUGUAAGAUCUGCUGCGAGUGGGUAGAAGAGCUCGGGCUUUAAAUGAAGAGUGGAUUUAUUUUCAGUGUAUUAUGGAGUGUUUAAUUAUUUGAUUGAUAUUUUUGACUCUUAUUCUUUUUCUGCUUAAUUAUUCUGAUUCAUUUCCACAGCGUUAUUCCUGAUUAUGCAAGAGGUGCUAAAACGCCGUGUUUUGAUUGUGAAUCGUCGUGUUUUUAAACUCUUUGCCUGUAAUCGUCGAUCUUGUGAGUUAUUUCAGCGUGCGGUGAGUUUGUGUUCAUGCAGCAGAACAAAAACGUCCAAGUAGACCUGGCUGCAACCUGCAGAACGGGGCGGGGCUGGACUUUUGGGGUGGGGCUACGUGUGUUGCUCCGCCCAUACGAGUUAGAGGUUAAGCCCAAAGUAUACUUCAGUUUUUACACAUACGCUAGCCACACGAUUGUUCUAGGUCACGCGUGCGCAUUUAAUUCUUUUGCAGUAUUUAGUUCUUCCACAAGGUGGCAGCAGUGAGCCAGGGCCGUUCAUUCUCAAGGUGGUCAAAGAAAAAACGGAAGAGACGGAAACGAGUGCGGGUUAGAAAGUACCCGCGUCCGUAUAAUUCUAGCCUUAAAGAGAGUAAGGAUUUGUAUACGGGCGCUAAUCGUAGCGAGAGAUUGCUCAAGCAUUCUUCUUCGUUGUCGUCCUUCACACCAGACGACCCGCUUUACCGCUCUGUACUGACUCCUGUAGGCCAGGCGGGGUAGUGCAAGUUGUCGUAAUGUGCACGUGUCGACCGUCUGUGUGCGUGUACGUGUCAAAUGGAGUAUAAUUUGAAAGGCUACAUGUACGGCUGUGCAUAUACGCUAGCGUACGCGUAAAAAACUAAGUAUACCAGAUGUUUAAGGGUUAGGCGUUGAUGUCAUUACGUUGCCACUGACCAACGAGACCGUUUAUAGGCGGAGUGACACGAGUAGCCCCGCCCCGUUUUGCAGGACCUUCUCAAAACAUCACUUUCUGUCUAUUUGCGUACCGUAUUUUCUGGACUAUAAGACCGCGCCAUGAAAAUUCCGUCGGCUUUUGAGAAAAUAAAUGAACAUCAUGAUAAAGUGUGUGAUGAUUUCUCAUCAUAAUCCAUACAGCUACUUCAACAUUUAUCUGAUAAUAUCAUUGUGGUGUUGUUGUUGUUGUUGUUGUUGUUGUUGCUUUCCAGAAAGAGUCCAAUAGUCUGGAAAAUACGGUUUGAAAAGCAAAAAAUUGAAAGGAUCAUCUGAAAAGAUUUUGAUGAAACUGUUGCACCAAAGCUUGUUUUUUUUUUCUUCUUCUUAAACACACGUCACAAACAGACGAACCUUAAAUUAUUGUUUUGGCGUAAAUGCACUGUUCUCUUUAUUUAAUUUCUUCAGAUGCUCGUCUGUAUGUUGCAUCGCUUUUAUAUUAAAGAUGUUAUUGAUCUGUGUAUUUAUGCAAAUCUUCUGUGAUUCUGUUUACUUGUUUGUUGGUUUAUUUUUUUUUCUCGAUUAAACCUUUGGCUUAACCCCACAGCCUCGCAGUCCUUUCUGUCAUCUAGGGGCGCACGAUGCGACAGAGAUAUCGCAUCACGAUGCACAAAGACGUUUCUACGAUACGCAUCGGGAUCUUUACUGUACGUUUACAGGUGUCAACAAAAACAAAAAUACUGACGUGUUGCAUUUUAGGAAAAAACUGUU